AUGAACGCAAAUAUCUGCGUCUGCUGCUUUUCUUUGCUUCUGUUGUUAAAUUUUGUAGGAGCCAAACCUGUUUCUGACCUACAGACUUUGAAGCAGCUUCUAGAAGAGGAGCUCAGUAACGCGCCGUUUUACUCCUCAGAUGAGGAGAUGGAGGCUGAGGUGAAGGAUGCAAACACAGAUAAGUCUCUGUUCGGAGCUCCAGAUGAGCAUCCAUGGGACUCCUCAGACCCCACAAACUCAGCGCUGCAGGCUGCCAAAGAAAACGUCCUCGCACGGCUCUUUAAAGACCUGAUGCGGACCUCCAAGCGCUCCUGGAGCAGGUACAAGAAGGGCGGGCUGAGGAGCUGCUUCGGCGUGCGGCUUGAGAGGAUCGGCUCCUUCAGCGGGCUGGGAUGCUGA